UGUCGUACUGUCGUGUCUGAUAUCACAGCGUACAUGAGUACAGAGCAGUCAGUCCAGCACAGCACCUUUUCAGCAUUAGUAUUCAGAUACUAGUGUGCUCAAGUGUGUGCUAACCAAUCAAAAGUGCCAAAAGCUUUUACGUACAUGCAUCUAUAAUUAUAUACUACGCAUGCAUAUAUACAAAUACGUAUAUAUGUACAUAAAAACGUGCGCGUAUAAGUGUGAAGCAAAGUAAGCUAUAGAUUACUUAAAUUUGUCGACAAGACACUUGACAAAGAGGAUACGAAAGUUCCCGCUAGAUUUUUUAUAUGGCGGUAUCAAUAAUUACAAUAUUAUCUGUUAUUUGUAAUGAAUGAAUUUAAUUGCUUAGUAAUUGUCAUCUACGACACAUCUAUCCUAGGUAAAAAAAAGUGAAGAAAACUAGUACCUAGUCCACUAGCCGCUAUAUACUAGUGUACACCGUAAUUGUACAAGUGAAGUGAAGCAGUACAGUAGCAUCGAUCAAGACCGAGUAUAAAGUACUGAGUACUUGUACAAGUACCUGUGUGGGUAUAGUUUUAUUAUCAGCGAGAUAAUAAUUAAAAAAUUAUAAACUAACUACGCAUAUUAUUUUGUAUUUUUAGUUGUAUAUUAAUAAAGCGAAGGUAAUUUUUAAUUGAAUGGACUUAUUAUGCCUGGUGGUGAUUGUUUUGACUCGUGAAUCUUUAUUCGACUGGUAUAGACUUGUAUAGACGCGCGCAUCCUGUAUACACAAACCCACCAUUGUGACGAAAAAGUUUUGGUCGCGCCAGCAAGUGAGCAAGAAUAUAUUAAAAUAAAAAAUCUUAAAAGUACGGUAAUAAUAUACGACACAAUAUUACAUCAAUUUGUUUUUUUGCUUGUGAGUGCUGAUGUGAUCACUGGAUUACGUUAUUAAGUUGCCUGAAGUUUCCUCUUGAGCUUAGAGCAAGUGAAUGAGGUUGGAGACACACCUGGUGUCCAAGGCGAUGUCGAGGCAUCAUAGCAGCUGGGUAUCUAACAUCCUGAAUUGGCAAUCAAUCGUUCUGGAAAUUUGCAAUAAAUUGGAGGAUAAUUAUCAUUUUUAAUUAGUCAUUAUUUGCAUUGUAUUGUAUUACAAUACCAACCGAUAAAGUUUAUUUAUUGAAGCUGAGACUUUCUGCUUGAGAAGAGUUUUCUGUAGAAAGUAUUGCGGAAUAUAAAAAGGAAUUUUAAAAAAGUGCUAAUCUAGUUGCCCGCCACAGGACGGGUGGUUAUGUUUCCCACUUUCAUUGGAAUACUAGACAUACAAUCGUGGUGGGAGGUCCCGAGUAUAGCACACUUCUGCUCAUUAUUUAGGGCUGCCUUCAAUCUCCUGGACUUUGAUAUCGAGGAUCUAGAGGAAGCUCUGUUAACAGACGGAGGUGCUGAAGGGCGUCUUGUGCAAGAAUUAAUCGUUCGACUACUUGAGGGCUGCUUGCCCAACGAUACUCGCAAUGAUAUCUCAACAUUUAAUUAUCAGAUGUUUUUACGUCGGCUUUUUCGCAAGAAAUGCCAGGAAUACAACUGCGAAAAUCCAUUUAACACAGAUGUAGAUUUUGAACUUUUACCAUUGCGACAAAAAGUUGAAAUAUUACGCGCCCUCUGCGACUUUAGGCUUGACGCCGAGGACGUGGAGUGUGCGCUGAGUAACUUAGACUCUGACAGUCUGAGAGUCGAACCAUUGGGACAUGAUCGUAAGAAUUCCGCUUAUUGGUAUUUCUACGGGACCCGACUAUACAGAGAAGACUAUAUUGAAAAUACAGAAGUCGGUGGUACUAUUACACAGCGUCAAAGGGGUCGACCGCGUGAUCGUAAACGUAAACGACGACAGUGCAGAUCGCAGGAGGAGAAGCUGGUGGAAGAAGAAGAAGAGGAGAAGGAAGUUGAUGAUUAUUUAAGUAUAAAUAUCGGUGUUAAAGCACGAGAUACUGUCUGGCAAGUUAUCUGCUUCACUCAACAGGAUUGGACGAGACUCGUUGACAAAUUUCGGAACUCGGAAUACGACACUGAACGCAAGCUCUAUCAUACACUAGCUGAGGAUUUUUUACCCGAGAUACCAAAGCUUUUUGAGCUCAAGGAGAAACAGCAGAGACGUCGUCUACUUGAACGCAGUAACUCACGUGUACUUAACAGUCCAGAACCAAUUAAACAAUUAGAAAAACCAAUAAUGGUACGUGCUAAAGUCAAAAAUAAAGUUGGGAAGAGUACGAAGAAGAGUGGACAGAGUUCUAAGGCAGGUGACAGUGAAGAUGAAGCUCCACCGCCAUUAGUAGCGCCACCGCCACCACAGAAGAAAGGACGUCAGACAAAUAAUUCACUGGCUUCUGCUGUCGGACAGAUUAUAAUUCAAACAGGCGAUGAAGUUGACAAGGUAGCUAAUAAAAAAGGUGUAGGUAGACAUGGAGUAAGUAGUUAUGUUGCCCCCGGUUAUCCUUACACGUUUGGAAUUGAAGAGGAAGAAAGGCGUGUGGGUAUGUACAAAGUACUUGAGAGUAUUAAAGAUCACGAUGAUGCGUGGCCAUUUACUGAUCCUGUUGAAGAAGAGUACGCACCUAGGUACUACAGCGUCGUACGUAAACCAAUGGAUCUCAAGACUAUGGAGGAUAAACUGGAAAACGGAGAGUACAAAACUAUUCAUCAAUUUAAACGGGACUUUAGUUUAAUUGUAGAAAAUUGUCGACAGUACAAUGGCUCUGAAAAUGAGUAUACGGAAAUGGCGAUUAAUUUAAAGGAAGCAUUUAAUAAUGCGAUUGAACGAUUUUUAGAGUCUGAACCGUCAAGCGAUGAAUGUCCUCCAAAAUCCCCACCUGUGUCUGUCUCAGCGUAUCCUUUGCGCACGAAUACGCCUGCUGCUGCGGCGUUGUCAAACUCGCGGAAGCGUUAUAAAAAAUCAAAUAAAAAAUCUAAAUCAAAUAAAACGGAUAAAAAGACAAGGAAAAGUAGAAAUCGUAAUGAUGAUGACGACGAUGACGAGUGUGAUUAUGAUUUUUAUGAUGAGGAUGAUGCCGGUGAAGAAGAACGAGUGUUGGACGCAAAAAGUUCAAGAGACAAAAGAGCAAAAAAACGAUCAAAGAGUAUGAAAGAACGCGAGGAAACGGAAGAUGAGAAUCAAGAUGACGAUGAAGAUGGUGCAAUAUCGGAAAAUACUGUGAUAAAAUCAAAAAGAAAAAAGUAUGAAGUUAGCAAAUUGUUACCGAAAAAUAAACGUUUAUCGGCCAAAGAUGAAGAUAAAGAUGUAAAGGAAGAUACGAAAAAAAAUAGUACAGGGACGGGUAAUAAAAAAGGGCAAAAAGAUGCAUCGAUAAAGAAUUCAAAAGAUCAUAAAGAAAAUCGGAGUAAAAAAAAAGAUAAUUUUGAGGAGUAUCAUGAACCUUUGGAUAAUGUUAAAAGUAAAAGUAAACGAAUAGAAAAGAAAAGUAAUGAAAAAAGUACUGUACAACGCAAUGAUAAAAUCAAAAAGAGUAAACAGAAAAAACAAGUUGAGGAGUUGGAAGACGAUAGGUAUUCAGAUAUUGAAGAAAAUGGUAAGCAGUUAACGACGGAGAAGAAAAAAAAUAGUAAUAGCAGUAGUAGUAAUGAUAAUAAUAGUGAUAAUAAUAGUAAUAAGGAUAAAAUUGAUCAGCGAAUUAGGCGAUCAGAUAAUGAUAAGUCCGAGGAUAAAAGUCCUGCACGAGUUAAAGAUAAAAAAUCUAAGAAAAAAAAUUAUGAACAAACUAAAAAUGGUAAAGUCAAUAAUGAUUGUGGAAAAGAUCGUAAAAAGGAAGCUUCCGAAGUAUCAUCAGUUAAAUUUGAAUCCUCGCUUAGUGACAAAGAUCUUGAGUCUUUGGAUAGUUUAAAAGAUCGGAUAAGUGAGCGCAGCAGACGUGACGAAAAAUUAAAACUCGAGCGAGAGAAGCUGAAAAAGACUCCAAAAAGUAGUAGUUUUGAUGGAUUCCACAAGAAAAAUGUGCCUUCUAAUGGUAAUACCUUUCACGAUAGUGAUAAGGUAAAUAAUAAGCGAACAAAAGUUAAAAAAUCUGGUAAAGAUAAGAAGAUAGAUGAGAAAAAUCAACAGGUUGAUGUUAAAAGUAGUAGUAAGGUGAGUAAAUCAAAAGGAUCGAGGGUUGAGAGCCCGGCGAUUCAAGCUUUAAAUCAAGCGACAGCGCAGACCUUGAACGACAUCAACAAAUGGUUGGAUGAUGCUCCGCCGGUUGAAGAGUUCAAUUCCAAAGCUGAGUCUCCUACUUUACAACCUUCGACAAGUGAGCCAACGCGCGUUCUUCCAGCUCCUGUUUCGGGUCCCAAAAUCUCAGAUCUCGCACGAAAACGUCCGGCUACGAUGAAACUUUUUGGUACUCAUGGCCCACCAAAACCAAAAAAAAUCCAAAGAACAAUUGAUCGACUGCAACCGGGUAAGAGUAAGGGUAAUCUUUUAUUAAAGAAACCUAUUGGUAGUAAUAACAGUGGCUCUGAUGUUACAAAUAAUCAAUCUAAUUCAGACACCAGUCAGCCUAAGCGUGAAAACUCGGAUGAACCAAAAUUAAGUCUGGGUUCAGUUCUAAAGAACGCUGACUCAAUUCAACUGAUUUGUAAAUCUUUGGUGUCUUCUCCGACUGCUAAUUUGUCUAAUGAGGACGAUGAUGAAGACCGACCCACGUUGCUGAGCUCCACGGCGGCAUUAAAAGAAGAUAAGUCCAAAGAGUCAAUGCAAGAAGCUGUUACUCCCAAGACUCAAGUCGAAGCAGUGAAUGAUACAAAAGAAUCCGAAGAAUCUCAGAAACCUAAAUCAGCGACUCCGAAUUUGAGCGCUUGGUUCAAGGCUUUUGGUGCGCCAAAAUCUAAGAAAAAGGAGGAAGAAAUCGAGGAGGUUGUUGUACCGAAAAAAGAAGAGGUACCAGAAGUAGCUUUGCCGCAUCGACAGCGAAGACAUAGCGCCGGUGGUAGUAGUGUUAGUGAAUCAGUGUCUAGCUUUUCACAAGAAUCACCGCCAGGGUUGAGUGUAAGAUCACCACAAACGCAAUCAGCAAUCACUACUCCAGGAAUUGAGCAGCCUGUUCGUGCUGGAUUUUAUCAAGAUGCUUUGUCGACUGGCAGCAGCCCUUACAAUAGUCCUUAUUAUACAACACCGCCAAGAUACAGUGCACAAUUACCUCCUACACCAUCACCCCAAAACCAUCCACUGUCACCCGCAUAUCCUUCUUCAGCUGCUUAUGAACAGAAUCCUCUGUAUCCUCCUCAGGCGUCUCAUCAAGUUUACCAGAAACCAGCGAGUAAUGAAAAUCCAACAGAAAAUUACAAUUUUUAUCCGCAAAAUUCCCCUCAAAACGACGCUUAUCAGCAGCAAUUAUCAAACAGUCCAAAGCCAUCACCGGUUUAUCCCCAACCGUCACCUCAGUCUGUACCAGCAGUUUAUCAAAAUUCACCUCAAACUACGCCUCCAAAUUAUUCUCAACAUUCACCUCAACAGCCCCCGACGCCAAAUUACUCUCAACCAUCACCGCAGCCGCCUGCUACGAAUUAUUCACAACCAUCACCCCAACAGCCGACUCCACCGAGUUACUCACAACCGUCGCCUCAACAGCAGCAACAACACUCUCCGUACUCUCACCAAACUUCACCUCAACCGCCGACGAACUAUUCACAACCGUCACCUACUCAGCAAUCGAAUUCUUCAUACUCAGUACCGUCUCCAAAGCCGCCACCACCGAGUUACUCUCAAGUUUCUCCACAACCUCCGAGCUAUUCACAAACGUCACCUCAACCGAUUGCCAAUUACUCUCAACCAUCGCCUCAGUCUCACAAUUUUUCACAACCAUCACCGCAGCCGCCAAAGUCUUAUACUCAACAUUCGCCCCAGCCGCCACCAGCUUACUCUCAGCCGUCGCCGCAAAGUUUGAAUUACUCGCAACCAUCACCUCAGACGCCGCCAAGUUACUCACAACCGUCCCCACAAACGCCGCCAAAUUAUUCUCAACCUUCACCACAGGCACCUCCAAAUUAUUCUCAACCUUCUCCGCAAGCGCCUCCGAGUUACUCUCAACCAUCGCCACAAGCUCCACCGAAUUACUCUCAACCGUCACCAAAUUAUUCGCAAUUGUCGCCACAACAACCGUCAACUACUCCUGUACCAACAACGUAUUCGGCUCAACCUUCGCCACAGCCGCCGAGAAAUUACUCCCAGCCUUCUCCACAAGUGUCACCGUGCUUGCAACCGGCUCUGAGACAGGCACAGCCAAACUAUCCCCAGCAGUCACCUAGACAAACAGCACCAACGCAAAUUUACGCACAACCUGAAAAAAUCACCGAAGAAUAUCAAUCCUCUGCACCACCUUCGUACCCGCAAGGAAUCAAAUCAAAUCACUUAUCUUAUGCGAACUCUGGUGUCACAGCUCCAGGAAUACCUGAACCUGACAGGCGAGUAUCAGAGUAUUACAAAUCAGAAGAUAAGCUCCAGUCAGACCCACCAUUGGGACUGAACAGCAAUCAUCAGGUGUUUCAUCAAACGAAUCAAUUUAGUCAGCUGUAUUCAAAUAACUUCCCCAUAAACGAGAGAGUAUCUUGUCCACCGACUGCCAUAGAUUCUCAGAGGUCUACUACAAGGAUAAGCACUCCCCAAGAUCCUCAACAGCAGCCGCAAACUCAAGAACGAACUUAUGAAAAUACAGAAACUUUAAAAUAUACUCAACAACGCCAAGACCAACAGCUACUGGCAUUCCAGCAAAAUUUGCCUGGUCACGAAACUAUUUAUCAAUCAACAGCCGGUUUCCAGGCAACACCUUAUUCGAUGCCUAAUCCAGCGUGUCGACCGGUGUAUUCAAGUUCUCAUUACUACGAUACUAGUUCUAAAACAAGCGGACCGGUCACUAGUGUCGCUUCAACGUUGCCGCCAGUUAAAAAGCGUAUGUACAACGAGCCAACUGGUGAUUCUGCGAGAAAUUGUAUUCCGCAAGAAUCAAGAUCAGGACAAGAGCAGUACGGGUAUGACCAAAUGAUAUCUUUGGGCACAUCUGAAGCGUCUAUAGUUUCUGGACAGUAUGACGGCACUUAUGGCUUAGCAGAUUCUGUUGCUGGUAAUCCAGCGUACGCAAGAUUGAGUCUAGGUCUCGUGGGUAGAAGUACCAAAGACCAGCAGCAGCUACUGUCAAUACCCAGGCCUUCCAGUAAAGAUUCUCUGGUAUACUCCAGGACGUCUAGUUCCGAGUAUGACUUGAACCUACUUCAAAGUAUGCAGAGUACUAAAGGAAUGACAGUAGCUUCAAUGCAACGUCGUGAAACUGCUCCAGUAUCUGCACCGGCUCCAAAGGCCAAAAAAGGAAGAAAGAAGGCGACUGCUGCUGCUGCUGCUGCUGCUGCGGCGGCGGCAGCAGCGGCUCAACAGCAAUCGACAACUUUACCCAAUCAUUCGUCAACGAUUCCAGGAUUCCCGCAGUAUCCUGGGAACCCUGCGGAUAUCGUGGGCUUAAAAAAUAGUCCUGUGCCCCCUGGAAGUGCCUUCAACUUUACGGCACCCGUCAGUGAUGCCAACAAUGCAUCUUUCUACGACAAAGAAGCCUCCUCUGCUGCUGCGGCUGCUUUUGCUUUUCUGGGUGACCUACGUAGCCCCAGUAGUUACUACAAUAUUUUAAGACAACAACAACAACAACAACAGCAGCAGCAACAACAACCACAGCCUACGACGCCAAUGAAUGAAUCGACGCAGCAAGCUAACAAAUUAAAUAACCAACCAAGAAAUUAUCCUCAUCCGUUUUUACAUACUACCCAAAGACCUGCUGCUUAUGGACCUCCCGUGUCGCCUUACGUUAGCCCUCAUGCCCCAAAUAUCAGUGUUGAUCCAGCUGCUUAUCAACAGUACCUACAUUCCUACUACGCACUUCAACCCUCAACGCAUCCUCGCUCGUGGCUAUAGUAUUCAAAGCCACUUAACUAAAUAGACACUAAUUAUUUUUAAUAUUAUUUAUUAUCUAAUCAUUUAUAUUAACUCUAUAGUUCUUUACUUUCUUCAAUGAUUAUUAUUAUUUUUUAUUUACAAAACUAAAGUGUCAUCAGCUCUCUAACAAAUACAAUCCACGUAAGCUGUAUAAUUGUUUUCUUCUUUAGUUAUUUUAUACUGUAAUUAGAUUUUUUUAUUUUAUACUUUUCGAUGAUUGCAGAGAAUCGCAUUUAUAUAUUUAAUUAAAAAAAAAUGAAAGACUAAUAUGAAAUUUUUAGACUAAUUAUUGACCAUUGUAUGUACUUCUCAGUGAUCAUUGAAAUUUAUUAUAGAGAAAAAAAAAAAGAAGCCAAAAAGUGGCAUAUUCAAUUAGAAUUUUAUACAUUUUAUCAAACAAAAAAAAAUAGUAUGUAUUGAAUAAAUAAAUCUCAUCCCUGUAAUAAUUAUAUGUUUGUAGUUAUGUACAUAAAAUAGGUAAUUCGAAAUGCGGAUCAAGUUUAUUUCGUAUGUAUCAAAAAAAUUAUUCAAGUAAAAGAUUUAUUUAAACAUAAAGAAAUGU